UUGGCUCAGCGAAAUAUAUUGAUUACCUUUACCAAUAAAGCUAAGAUAGCGGCAGUGACCUUCGGUCUCCAUAUAAAUAAAACGUUUGUAUCCUUAACUGAUGUUGAAAGAGAUGCAAUCAAUGUAACACUUAGCGACAUCCCUAUAGAAAUUCCAAACUCUGUUAUACAUGCCCAUAUAUCAAAAUAUGCCGAAAAUGUUGAGGAUGUAAGUCAUGGCUAUAUAAGAAAAUCUGAUGGGACAAUAUCUACAGUGAAGACUGGAGUGAGAUAUAUAACCGUCACAGGACUUAAAACGCCAAUACCAAAUAAUCCGACGAUUGCUGGACAUACUGGCAGAUUAUCCUACAGAGGACAACCAUGCAGCACAAGCUCGAGCACAGAUCAUCCAUAUUAUCGCUGCCCUAAUAAAGAAGGAACGGGGUGCUUUCGAUGUGGAUCCAAAGAACAUCGUAUUAAAGAUUGCAUGAAUGCGUGGGGAACUUCAUCAAAUCUACCCCAGAAAAGUAUUCCCCCUAAAACACAGAGCAAUGUGACCCAUAUAAAAUUCGAUGACAUGACAACUGAUUCGCAGAAAAGUGCAAGUACCAAUGAGGAAAUGAAAUCUGACCAAGCAGCAAUUAAUGAUAAAGAAAAAGAAAAUGACAUCACUAGUGAAGAUACCAAUUAUGAUACAAUUAUAGUAGGUGCUUCAAUGGUUAAUGCUAUGUCAGGAGAGCUUAAAGAUGCAGGAAUAGAUGUCCGAGCCAAAAGUGGAAAAAGAGUGGAGGAGAUGAAAGAACUAUUAUAUGGUCAGCCUAUUGAUAGGGAAAACAUAAAGAAUAUUGGAAUCCAUGCAGGUGUUAAUAACAUUUGUUAUUACAAUGACAGUCCGGAAGACACUGCAGUAAAAUAUGACAAUUUGGUGAAAGACAUUAACCAAGAUAUGCCUAAUGCUAAGAUUUAUGUGUAUAGCAUAUCUCCGAUCCAUCCCUACAAACAAGAAGGAUUGAACAGCAAGGUCAGAAAAAUGAACAAACGUUUGAAGUGUAUGUGCGACAGACCGGAAUAUGCAACCUUUAUAGACACUUUUGAUCUGUUAUUGUGCAAAAGUGGACUCACUGCUCAAAGUGACUAUACCAUGUCUGACCCUAAAGGGAUACAUCUAUCGAACAAAGGAUAUAGAAAAUUGGCCCACUACUUAAGAUCAAAGAUGGAAACUACAAACAUAACAAAGACUCCAGUAUCUAAAAGAAAGGAUCGAGGCUCUUCAGAAAAUACACCCAAUUCCUCUGAGAAGAAUCCAAAGUCAGGAAAAUCCACAGUCAGAGAGUAGAAUUACAUCCAUAAAUAUACAUUGUAUCAUAAUACAUAUAGUGAUAUAAAAUAGACUUGUACAUAUGUAAAUAGGACAACAUGCAGUGAAAUAUAAAUUACAAUUGGUUAGAUAUAGAUGUAUAUGUAUAUAUAUAUGAUCUCAUGCAAUGUAUGUUUUAAAUAUUUGAAUAUGAAAGGGAAUAUAAGAGUAUAUAUAUAAAGUAAUUAAGCAACAUGGUUAUAAAGAGUGUAUAUAAGUUUUAUCACUUUAAAUGAAUCAUUAUGUUAGUAUCUUACAGAUGCCUUACUCUGAAUGUCAGAGGAUUAAACAAUUUUAAAGAGAGAGAAAAAUAUUAAAUAUGGC